CGUGUGUGUAUGUAAGAAGUCGCGGCUUCGCUGUAGUUUGACCGCGACUGGUGGCGACCAGAGCCUCCCACAACCGCCUGGUGUGAACAUCACCACCGGCGAGCGGCGGUCUGUCAGGCUAUGGCUGAUUCAACCGUCGUUACGCAUUGUGUGAUGGUGCUCACUCAAAGAUGACCUGCACCCUACGCCUAUGACCAACAGAGAAUCCAUACAUUUAGUAGGCCAACUUUGAGGUUCCACACAGGGUGACCGAUGCUUUCUGAUGAGCUUGACUCCAAACCGGAGCUGCUGGUGCAGUUUGUACAGAACGCGUCCAUCCCGUUGGUGCGGGGUCUGGAGGACUCAGAGUCCAAACACUCCUGCCUGCCUCUGCUGGCUCCAGCUGAGAGCUCACUGUGCAGCCCGCUGGAGCUCACAGAUGGAGGCCUAAGCCAUGAGCCUGAGAGUUCCCCCUCCCUGUCAGAGUUCGGAGGCGUGUCAGAGCGAAGCCCAUUAGUGGUCCAGACACACUCUCAUCCACAGGCCUCACCCAGCCCCCCACCCAUCCUCCAUGACCUACAACAGUCAGACAGCACUUCCUAUGUCUUACUGAAUCUUGCAAAAGGCAUCACAGCCUCUUCAGAGUCGCUGAUCUUCGCUGCAGAUGGCGCCGGGGAGGACGACGAUGAGGGGGUCUCAUCAGGGGACUACGGGAUGGAUGGCAGUGCUCCCUGGUAUCUGCGGGUACAGGAGCUGGCGCAUGACAGCCUUAUUGCCGCCACGCGGGCACAGCUGGCAAGAGAUGCCAAGGCCAGCCAGGACGCCAGAGCUGCAAGUGUCAGUAACGGUGACCACACACACAGCCCGACAUCAGACGGGGACAAGCGGGAGCUGCCGCCUCGGACCAGCCGCCCCCUCUCCAAGCAGAUCCUCCGCUGCUCAUUCGAGGGUUGCUGCAGGACGUUCACCUGGCCGGCUCAUCUCAAAUAUCACCUCAAAACACACAGGAACGACCGAAUGUUCAGGUGCAGCGCAGAGGGCUGCGGGAAGAGCUUCUACGUGCUGCAGAGGCUGCAGGUUCACAUGAGGACUCACAACGGCGAGAAGCCCUUCAUCUGCAAGGAGAAGAACUGUGGAAAGAAGUUCACCACCGCCGGAAACCUGAAGAAUCACAGGCGCAUACACACAGGAGAGAAGCCUUUUCUGUGCGAAGCAGAUGGUUGCGGGCGAUCCUUUGCAGAGUAUUCCAGUCUACGAAAACACAUGCUCGUACAUUCUGGUGAGAAGCCUCAUCACUGCGGGAUCUGUGGGAAGACUUUCUCUCAGUCUGGCAGCAGGAACGUCCACAUGAGGAAGAGGCAUGGCGAGGAGGGGCUCAGUACUGAAAGCAGAGAAACAGGAGAGGCUCUGACACAAAGCAGCCUGCUGGAGGCAGACGGUGAAAAUGGAGAUGGUAUGGUCACCAUGACAACAACCGUGGAGCCCAUGAAUCUUCACCACGCCAUGCUGAGAUCACCAGGCUCUGCAGACUCGGUGGUAGUUCUCUCUCAGCCACAUGAACUGGUUACCAUGUCGACGGAUGGCCACGCAUAUGGAGAAGAUGUGGUGGCGCUGCUGUAGUCUUGUAAAAUGUCGCACACUGCCUAUCUCAGCAGCACUAGAUUGACUGUCACAGUGUACCUAGCAUAGACAUCUAUAUGUAAAUAAAUUAACCAUCAAUUUUCAUCCCUGUAGAUAUUUGUAAUUAGCAAUCAAUGAUGGUUUUAUUUUGACAAGUGUGAAAUGGCAAAGUUUGUACAAAUAACCUUUUUCCUCAAGUUUUUGAAAACAAAUAGUCCCAAAGAAACACUGAGACGGGUUUAAAAGUUUGUGAAAAUAUACUGACCAUGCAUUAUGUGCAGUGUCAUUGUAAACAGAAGUCUGGGGCAGAAAUGCAGUGACAUUUUUCUGUAAUAAUUUUUUAAAAUAUCAUUGGCUGAUAGGAAUGACUGUCAAAUUGAAAUGUGUAUACCCCAUAAUCCUUAUUACUGAUAACAAAACACCUAACACGUGAAAAAUUGCUAAACCCCAGUCUAUCACUUUGCUGCAUGUAAACACUGGUCUUGCCAGCACAACCUGCCAGGCCACCCUGUUUAUCAGCCUGAGUAAAACACAGAAACCUUUAUCUGAAACCAACUGUGUACCCAGUGAUGCAUUUACUCAGUGUGUUACUGGUAACAUCUUUCACUCAAUUGUUAGCCUCAGUGCUUCACUCGGUCUCUGAGUAAGGCACACAUUGCUCAUUUACAGCUCAAUAUAUUCACACUUAAGAAUUGCUUUUCAAACAAAAUUAAGAAUUACUUGUGAGGUUAGUUCUGCUCUUGUGAAACAAACUGCAGAUGUCCGGGGACGUUUGAAAAGGUUGUGCACAUUGCUCCUGUUUGUUACUGAGCACUACCUAAGUCAGCAGUGUUUGUUCCUCUCUUCUCCUCAGUGGAUCUUCAGGUUGUGGAAGUGGUCCAACGUGGCGCCCAAAGCCCAGCUUGACUCCACGUUGUUCACUUUCUUGGUCAACUAGGAGGGAAAAAAAAAAAAAAAAACACCAAAUCACUCAAAUGCCUUUUGUAUUUAUUAAAAUAAAAAGUAACAGAAUUCUUGUGUAGAAUGUCCUGUUUUCACUCACUUUAUGUCAGAGCAUGAAUUGUGCUUUUUUUAUGAGGUCUGGGGCAUCAAUUGCUACAGGUUAAUGUGUCAAAGUGUGCUCUACAAUUUGAAAACCUUUUGUGUUUUAAAUGUCAAGGGUGAGAGAAAAGGCU